GGAUAUUCCCCAGAGCACCAUGGAGGCAGGUGUCCUCUGGCUCCUAACAGGACUCCUCUUGCUCCAGGGUUGUGCUGCUGCUGCCGCUGCUUCCCAGUCCCCAGAUUAUGGAGAGGAGAGGACAGGGAAGGACGGAUUCUGCCCCGCCUCCCCCAAUGGGCUGUAUGACCCCCCCUGCAAGGUGAACUGCGAAGCGGACAGCGAGUGCCCUGGGAGAAAGAAGUGCUGUGAAUUUGCCUGCAGACACACCUGCCUGUCUGCCAGCAAAGAGAAGCCCGGCAGCUGCCCGCCCCCGCUGCUGAAGAAGCUCCAGGCCCCUUUGGUGUGCGACUCUUCCUGCACGGACGACGCCAGCUGUCCCGGGGCGCAGAAGUGCUGUGACUCAGGCUGCGGAAGUCGAGUGUGCAGGUUGCCUAUUGGAGAGAAGCCUGGGAAAUGCCCCCUGGUGCAGCGGAAGACGCCCUCGGGAGGAGGAGGAGGAGGAGGAGGAGAGCCGUGCAGCGACGCCUGCGCCCACGACUGGCAGUGCAAAGGGGACCACAAGUGCUGCUUCUCGGGCGUCUCCAUGGAAUGCACCAACGUCCCCCAAGGUGCCAAGGCAGGAGGGGGCAGGCCAGGGUCCCCUGAAUCCAGCGCAUCCUAAAAGGAGGACUCCCAGGACGGUUGGGUCUGGCCGUGGACUUGAAGACUUUCCGUCCGGAACACAGCAUGUGGUAGUGUGUGAGGUGGGGGCUUCUGCAGGAGAG